UAAAUUUAAUUAUAUAUAAUAUAUGAUAGAUAAGAUUGAUUGUUUUGAUUUAUUUACCCUAAAAUGAUUGCGAAUAAACAAGAGCGGUCGUUUGAUUUAUAUGCGCACGCCAAUUUAUUAUAUAAUGGUAACUGAUUUCUUAGUUAUUUAAUAUAUAAUCAUUAUUUUAUUAUUUCAUAAUAUGCAGAAAAACAUAAAAUAAGUAAUAAAUAUAAAAUAUUUAUUCUGUUCAAGGCACAGAUUUUAACCUAAGUAUAUAUCUCUUUAAUACUUUUAAAUCUUAAACAUUUUCUAAAUAUCAAGCCAAAACAAAAUAACAAAAUGAGAAUAAACUCAAAAAUCAAUAUUUAUAUCGAGCAAUAACCAAAAUGAAAAAAGCGACACAAAAAUGAGAAAAAUAUUGAAGAUAUUUAGGAUUGGCACGUGAACGUAAACUUCUCAUAACUAUAAUUAAUUUUUAAAUUGCUAAAUCAUGAUGUAAAACCAAGCUCUCAUAUUUUCAUUGUAACCAAAUAGUAGGCUUGAGAUUCUUCGGCCUAAACGUUAGGUUCUUAGGCGAUAAAUGAUUUUCUGACCUAAAUUAUUUUUAAAAUAAGAUCAGCUCAUCUUCGAUCAAGAACAUAAGUUUUAUUUUUAUAUACGAUAUUUUUUAAAUAAUUUUCAUAUUAAUUUGCUAUGUGCAAGGCGCAGGUCUUAUCCUAAUGCUAGAUUAAUCAACUCACAUGGAAAAUAAAAUCUAUGAAACAGAUUUGCUAAUGCACACAGGUUACUUUCAAAUUGUUUUACUACAACAAACAAUUUUUUUUAUGAAAUAUAAAGAUACACAUCCAUGCGUACACGACAAGUAGGAACAGACAAAAGUAUCCGUAAAAUUUAAUCCGAUAAAAAUCCGGAUAUUUGUGAUUUUACGAAACAAAUCACAAUAACUAAUAUUUUAAAAAACCAUUAUCUAAUCCGAUAUCUGUUAUAUAUAACAGAUUAUAUAGUCUCAAAAGAGAGUUUCGAAGUAAGAAGAGAGAGAUUCCCUUGUCGCCAGCUUUCUUUUUGGUCUUAUCCUAUCGGUCUCUUUGCAACAGCCCAAAAGCUUACUACCAAAAUAAUAAGAACAAAUUUCAUCUAUUAAACUGUACCGACAGCCAACCCCUCCCCCAAAAAAAAACCUUUUUUUUAUGUAUAACAAAACCUUUUUGACAUUUAUUUAUUUAGCAAAAACCUUUUUGAAUCUUUCUUGGAAAAAAAUGGACAUCCCAUUUUUCAGUCCAUCAAACAAAUGAAAUAUCUUCUUCUAUUUUUGCGUAAAGUCUUGUGGGGUUUAUAUUAAUAAAACUAGUGUAAAACGUUCGUCAUUUUGAAAUAACGUUUCUAGAUAUAAACAAAGGAAUUACUAUUAUAUGAAGAACAUAUUUCUUAUAUGCUUAUUGUAUAAGCUACAAAUAUAUAUAUAUAUAUAUAUAUUCAUCUGCUUGCAAAAUUAUACAUUUAUUUUUUCAAGCUACAAAUUAAGAUAUUUAUUAUAUAUUUUUGUGAAUUUGGUUAUUCAUCAGAGUUUUUAUUUUUUUUGGUAACUCUCUCCGUCAUCUUGCUUUCAGAUUUUUUUACUUGAUUUAGUAGAGAACUGUGAGACGAGUUCGUGUUUCCGUAUAUUUCUCUGUCCAACUGUUUUGCCUUCUUACUUCGAAACUCUCUUUACCUCUUUCUCUCUCAGCUAAACCAACAUGAUAAUACCAGAUGAUCAUCAUCACCUCUCAUUCCCCAGCUACGUCCUUCACCAAGAACACAUCACCCCGAAUCCUAACCCUAACCCUAAUCCUACCGCCUCAAACUCAAACAAAAGGAAAAGAAAUCUCCCGGGUAAUCCAGAUCCAGAUGCAGAAGUCAUCGCUCUAUCGCCAAACUCGCUCAUGACGACGAACAGAUUCAUAUGCGAGAUCUGCAACAAAGGAUUUAAGAGAGACCAAAACCUUCAGCUUCACCGGAGAGGCCAUAAUCUUCCAUGGAAGCUAAAGCAAAGGACGGACAAGGAGCAAGUGAAGAAGAAAGUGUACAUCUGCCCUGAGAAGACCUGUGUACACCACGACCCGGGUCGAGCCCUCGGGGACUUAACUGGAAUCAAGAAGCAUUUCAGCAGAAAACAUGGAGAGAAGAAGUGGAAAUGCGACAAAUGUUCCAAAAAAUAUGCUGUCGUGUCGGAUUGGAAAGCUCAUAGCAAGAUUUGUGGCACCAGAGAGUACAAAUGUGACUGCGGUACCCUCUUUUCCAGAAAAGAUAGUUUCAUCACACAUAGAGCAUUUUGUGACGCUUUAGCCGAAGAAAGUGCUCGAUUUGCCUCAGUUCCACCAGCCGCAGCUGCAUAUUUGAACAAUUCCUCGGAUGCAGAAGUCAAUCUUGGAAACAUCAAACCAAAUCAUCAACAACGACUACUUGAUCUUACAUCUUCUCAACUGGAUCGACAUGGUUUCAAUGUCAAUCGCAACAACAUAAAUGGCUUCAUGGGACAAUCCUCCACCAACCAGCUUCCUUUAGCAGCCAAUGUUUUCGCAUCUUCAUCAUCGCCAUCACCUCAUAGUGCAUCUGCUUUGCUUCAAAAUCUAUGGCAAUUACAAGGACAAUCAUAUCAGCAGUGGCUACUCAACAAAAACAAUAACAAUAUUAUACAAAGUGGAAUGCCCAAUAAUCAAGAAGAUCAUGACACUAUAAGAAGGGAACUAGUAAUUAAUGGUUCUUCGUUUUCUUCGGAAGCACGCACCAGUUACAACCAAAACGGUGGACAGGAAAUAGCCUCGAUGUCAGCCACGACAUUGCUGCAGAUGGCGGCUCAAAUAGGCUCAAAGAGAUCGUCAUCAAGCUCCAACAAUGGCAUGGCUUUUGGUCUAGUGACUUCCUCCAUCUUCAACAAUAAAGAAAUGGAGAAUAAAAUCAAAACAAAGGAAUUCGAUGAAAGAGGCUUCACAAGAGACUUUCUUGGUGUGGGAAGUCAAAACCGUCAUCGGCCAAUAUUGAUGGUCAACCAUAAUCUUCCAACCACAAACGACGGCACACCAACCACCUACAUGAAUCACAGUAUGUUAUAUUAAUUUCUUUAUAAAUAAAAAGAAAAGGCAAGAAUCCUCUGGUUAAGAUAUAUAUUUUUUAAAUGCAGAAACAUAAACUAUAAUCAACGUGACGAGUGGAUACAUUAAGCCUGGCAGCACAUAAUGAAGAAAAUUGUGAAAGAUGCUAUUCUGACUCGGAACUCGGAGAGAAUCUCUGAGUCAACUCGGUCCUGAACACUGGGUCCUCUCGCUUGAGAAAGAUAGCUAAUUGGGUCCCCGCCUGCAUGCAUGGCGAAACCUCUGACCCUGCAUGCCCAACAAACCAUACACUAUGUCCUUUCUUUCAUUUUUGAACACACGCUAUUUCUUUUAUUAUUCUUCCCUUUUUCCUUGUAAUUACUUCAUGAUUUUUUUUGGGACAUUAGCUAAAACCAACUUAAAAAGUCAAACCUAAAAGUGUACUCCAUUUUCAGUCAAAUGCAAAACCAACCUAAUGGAUUAGUGAAAGUAUUACUUAACCCUUAUGACCAAACAAAAAUACAUAAAUAUAUUUUACGUUUGUAUCCUUCGAAAGUCUACAUGUAAUUAAAGAAGUCUACAUAUAUAUAGACUUCCUACGAAGUCUACCUUAUAGACUUAUUUUGUAGUCUACACUCUAAUUUGAUCUAAUAAUUUAACUUUGAAAAUGUAAAAAAAUAAUUAUUGUGAUAUUUUUUUAACUAAUCAUCAAUAUAAUGGAUAAUAUGAAAUAAAUUAAUUAAAAUUUCAUACAAUU